AUGGAGACGAAGGCCUCCAGGAGCGUUCGAAGUCAGGUUGCAAACCUCCAGAUUCCGGGCGAGGAGCUAAAAACGGUCCUAGUUGAUGCCUUUCGUUCCUGGCUCUCGGCGGACUCUCUGACGCAGGAGACUUGCAAGGUUAUCAACGUGAGCCCUGGCGACGAAGAGCGGUGGGUUGAUGGCGCUGAAUUUGCCAAGAAUUUGGAGACCUUCAGUUCGUGGGAGUGGGUGUUUGGUGCGUCACCGAAAUUCACCAUACCCCUACAGCUCGCCGGCGCUCACCGCACCAUUCACGUGCUUUGUCAAAAGGGACGUUUUGCUGGGUUUCAGGAGCAGGGGGACGGGGUGGACGCUGCGCUUUCCUCGUGGCUACAGCAGCUUGCCCACGCGCUCUCCGAUUCGCCUUGCAAACGGAAUGCCUGGCUGUACUUUCUACUUGUUACGGCUGUGCUCAUGUCUGAUCUAGCCGGUCUCAAUGAUGUCACGGACGGUACCUCUCCAGGCGUGAUGGUUAGCGGCCGCAUACUAUUCGCCCGCACCGCUGGACAAGGGUUGCGAGCGCUUCGGUUCCCGUAG